GCCCAUUAUAGAAUCACGGCGUUCGAAUUUCAAUAGAAAACAAUGGAGACGAGUUGCAGAGAGGAACUAGGGUUCACUGGAAUUUCAGCUGGGAGAAACAAUGUCGUCCCUCUCCUCUUCGCGAACUCUCAUUCGCAAUGGUCUCUCCUUCAUGACCCGCUUGGUGAACCAGAAUUCGACCCGAAUUGCGCAGAAAACGGGUUCUCGGGCCCUCGAGAUCACUCCGAAGCUCUUACCUUCUGGCUCGUCCCUGUCUCAGGCUCCUCUUCAUUUCCCCCAAAACAAUUCUGAUUCAUUUCGAAAUCUUUCUUCGGAGGGUUUCCUCUACCCCUGUGGCCUUCCAUCUCUCCGUUUCUUUCUUCCCGAGGGAGAAACUUCUUCAAGUGAACCAAUGCUUUGCCACACUAAGAGAACAUACCAACCAAGUAACAUCAGGCGCAAAAGAAAUCAUGGAUUCCUUGCGAGGAAGGCCACAAAAGGCGGUCGAAGAGUGAUUGCUCGGCGAAUUGCCAAGGGACGCGCACGAAUAGCAGUUUAGCAGCAUACAGACAAAAUGUAUAGCAUGUUGUGGAUCUAAUCAAGAGUCAUUGCUGCUAGAAGCUUUGUCAUAUAACAUGAUGCCCCAGUGGAAACCCCUUGCUGGUACACCCAACUACUGGCCUUUUAUUUUCUUUUUUUCAGAAUCUCAAGGAAUUCAUGUUUUCUUUUUGGAGCUGCCAAAAGAUGAACCUUUCUGUAAUAAUUUCUCUGUCUACAGAGGGAUAUAGGCCAUUUUGAUCGAUAUGAAUGCUGCAAAUUUGAUUGGCAAGUUUGUUUUAGUCCUAAAUGAAAAAAAAAAUGUUACCUCUUGUU